AUGGCGUCCACAGCCCUGCCGGCGUUCGGCACGCAGCUCGCAAAUGUGCGUCGCCUGACCUCUUCAAACCAGGCCCACCAGGCCAAGCCUGCAAAGCUCCUCAGCGCCAUCGAGGCCACCAUCUCCGCCUCCCUCCCCGGCUCGUCCCUCCCCCACUCGGCUACCGCCUACUUUUCGGCCCUCCUGCAAUGCCUCGAGAAGGCAUGCUCGGACGAGAUUGGCGCCGACGAGACUGGCGAGGAGAUUGCUGAGACUGAGAAGAUGGACGGUGGCGCUCUCAUCCCCGCCACCCUCUACCUCCUUGCCAUUGUCGUCCCCGAGACCCCCGCGCAGGUCGUGCUCUCCAAGCUCUCCCCCCUCCUUGAGAACCUCCUCCCUCUCUACCAGAACGCCCUCCCCUUCCCUCCUGCUCUUCGCAGCCUCCUCCAGAUUGUCACUGCGGUCACUCUCUUCGCCACCCCUCAGCUCCUUGGCAGCUCGCCUCUCCUCAAGCGCGCUUGGAGCUACCUCCUCGAGCUCAACCUCGACCCCCGUCCAAAGGUCCGCCACCUUGCCCAGGAGGGUGUUCGCAAGGUUCUCACCACUCCCGUUCCCCCUCGUGUCACCCCCGGCGCUCACCCUUUCCUCCCCCGCACCCGCGACUGGGUCACCAAUGCCCUCGAGGACGAGCUCAAGAGCGGCACCUCGAAGAGCAAGAAGGCCCGCUUCGCCGGCGCCGAGGAGGACUCGGAUGGCAAGAAGGCCAUCUGGGUCGUCCAGGGCCUCCGUGGCUGGGUUGCCGUGUGGGGUGACGAGCAGCUCUCCAAGCUGUGCUCGCUCCUGCUCUCGCUCCCGCCCCACCCCCACCUCACCAGCCAGGUGUACUCGCUCCUCGCUCACCUCCUCACCCCUCCUCCCGCGGACAGCACUGGCGCCAAGCCCACUGUCCUCAUCAACCUCCCGACCAUCAUUGACUCGCUCCUCUCGUCGGUCCCCGAGCUCGCCUCGCCCGACAUCCCUGCCUACCUCUCGGCUCUGAGGAAUGCUCUGAUCAAGAUGGCUCUCCAGGACCCUGCCAACCUGCCCGCCUACUUGCCCCGUGCCUUUAAGUUGAUGUUCAGCGACACCCUUCUUGCCGCCUCGGCUUCGUCGGCCGUGUGCACCGCUGCUGCCGAUGCCAUCUCGUCGGGUAUUGUCCGCUUCUGCAUCACCGACGAGGCUAUCCUCUCGACCAUCUCGUACAUGCGCCACGGUAGCCACCUCCCUGGUGCUCGCAAGAAGCAGAAGACUCCCUUCCUCACCCGUCUCCUUGGUGCCCUCACCGAGGCCCUCGACGCUCAUGCGCUGCGCAUGCCCUACCUCCUCACUAUCCUGGCCGCUCUUGUGUCCCGUCUCCGCAUUCGUGUGGCCACCGGCACCAACGACCCCAAGAUCGACGCUGCUGGUAUUGCGCCCACCGCCGCCGAGGAGCUUCUCCUUCCCCUCGUUCGUGAGAUCGGAGACUUGCGCCACAACAAGUCGUUUGAGGCCAAGGACAAGGUCGACGAUGUUGUCGGCAUGGCUAUCGAGGUUAUCGGUGUCGAGGGCGUCCUCAACGUUCUUCCCCUCAACAUUGAGCCCGAUGGAACUGGCCGCACCCCUCAGCCUGGUCGUGCUCACCUCCUCCCCCUCAUCCGCGCUCGCACCACCAACGACUCGCUUGCCUUCUUUGCCAACUACUUCCGCCCUCUCUCCGAGCGCCUGUUCGAGCGCAAGGUCGCGGCAGAGGACGCUGACAAGGUCGCCGAGGCCAAGAUUUGGGAGGUUAUCGUUGGCCAGAUCUGGGACUGUCUUCCCGGUUUCUGCGAGAUGCCCCGCGACCUCAAGGAUGGCCUCAGCACUCCUUUCCUGUCGCUCAUCACCAACCUCCUCUACACUCAGCCCUUGCUCCUCAACCCUCUGCUCCGCUCGCUCCUCCAGCUCAUCAACUCGACCAAGCAGCUGAUGAACUCUGCCACCGACGCUGAGGUUCUGCGCAAGCAGUUUGGUAUUGACCAGGAGGCGGCCAAGGCCAACCUUGUUGUCCUCCAGGGCCUUGCCAAGGACAUGGUUUCGGUCCUCCUCAACGUCUUCUCCAAGCUCCCCCGCGAGCAGCGUGGAAUGGUCUCGGACGUCAUUGGCGCCUGGGUCAGCAUCAUGGAGGAGAAGGACAUUAUCGAGACGUACACCACCGUCACCACCCAUCUUUCGGCCAACCUCGGCAACUCGGCCGCCCCCGUCCCCGGUGCUUCGCCCAUCUCGCACACCAUGCUGGACCUUCUUAUCGUCUUUGUGCCUCACCUGCCUGCUGCCCAGAGCGCGUCGCUCUUUGCCGCCACGUCCACCAAGGACCUGCUCGAGCACAACGACGCCACUGUCCAGAAGAAGAGCUACCGUGUCCUCAAGCGUCUGCUCGAGGGCGGCAAGCUCGGAGACACCUCUUCGUCGGGUGACAAGCUCGAGAAGUUUGUCGAGCAGCUCAACGAGGUGGCUUCCAACGUCGGCCCCGGUGCCCAGCGUGACCGUCUCCAGCUUCUCUCGACCCUCGUCGACGCCAUCCCCCGCGACCGCCUCCACCUCAUCCCCGAGCUCCUGUCCGAGGCUGUGCUCGGCACCAAGGAGGUCAACGAGAAGGCUCGCGACGCCGGCUACGACCUCCUCGUUGUCAUGGGCCACAAGAUGUCCCAGGGUGGUGAGGUCAAGCAGGCCGCUGGUGAGAACGAUGAAGGCGAGGCCAUGGCUGAGGCCACUGUCGCCGCCAGUGCCGAGGAGUACAUCACCAUGGUUGCUGCCGGUCUGACUGGUGAGACCCCUCACAUGAUCUCGGCCUCGAUCAACGCCCUUUCGCGUCUCCUGUUCGAGUUCAAGGAGGACAUUUCCACCGAGCUCAUCUCGGAGCUUGUCGCCACUGUUGUCGUGUUUGUUGCCUCGAAGAACCGUGAGAUUGUCAAGUCGGCCCUUGGUUUCAUCAAGGUUGCUGUUGUCGCUCUCCCCGUCGACGCCGUUGAGCCCCACCUCAACACCCUCGUCCCGGCCCUCCUUGGCUGGGUCCACGACCACAAGAACCACUUCAAGUCCAAGACUGUCCACAUCUUUGAGCGCAUGAUCCGCAAGUUUGGCUUUGACACCGUGUACAAGCACGCCCCCGAGGGCGGUGAGCGCAAGGUGCUCGAGAACAUUCGCCGCCGCAAGGAGCGCGCCAAGAAGAAGAAGAAUGCCGCCGGCGACGACGACGAGAUGGACGGUGGCGCUAGCCGCCCCAAGUCGAGCAGCGGCAACGCCUUUGACGACAUUCUGUACAACUCGGACUCGGACCUUGAGAGUGACGGCGAGAAGGACGACAGGCCCAUCAAGCCCCUGUCCAAGCGCCAGAAGAAGGCCGCUGCCGCCGCCGCUGCCGACGCCGCGUACAUCCGCAACGAGGGCGACGAGCCCAUGGACCUGCUCUCGCGCUCGAUCGCUGGCGGCGUCACUCGUGCCAACCCGGCCGACGAUCGCAAGCGCAAGCCCGGACAGGACGCCGUCCACUUCAAGACUGACAAGUCUGGCCGUAUGGUCAUUGAGGACGAGAACGCGGGUGCCGACGGUGACGAGGGCAUGGGCGGUGGCGCCGACGCUGCCGCUGGUGCCGGCAACGCCUACCUCGCCGCCAUGGCCGGUGUGGACGGUGCCACCCGCGGUGCGAGCGGUGGGCUCAAGUUCAACAAGAACACGAAGCGCUCGCGUGCCGAGGAGCGCGAGGCCGAGGCCAUGGAUCUUGACGAGCUCAUUGGCGACAAGCCCAAGAACCUCAAGAAGAAGAAGACGGCCGCGCCUGCCAAGCUUGGCGAGGAGUUCCGUCCCAAGCGCGCCGGAGGCGACAUCAAGAAGGUCGGCGGCCCCGACCCAUACUCGUAUGUCCCCAUCGGACAGGCUGCCCAGCGCAAGGGCGGCAAGGGCAACAGCCGUGUCAACCUCACCAACAAGAAGAAGGGCAGCCGUGCGUAA